CAUUAAACAGCAUGAAACAUAUUGAAAAACAUAGAAAAUAGUUAACCGAUUAAAGCCAGUUUUUAUUAAAUGCUGAGGCUCUUACUACCAGCCUGCAGAUUGUACGCGUAAACUAUUUAAUUUUUUUUUUUUUUUAUUUCCAUUUUUAUAUAAUUUUUGUAUUCAUGUAUAUUUCUGGAAUUUUGAUGGGGGCGGCGCCCCAGCGCCCUCUAUUGACAAGCCGCCACUGCUACAUGUUUGCUGAUAUUUCGAACGCUGGAAGGAAGCAAGCGUGGACUGCUGAUGUCACUUCCUAAUUACGGACACAUUCUGAUUCAUUCAGGACUGCCGAGUGUAUUAUGCUUAAUGCAGACAUGAGGCUGUGUUUGAUGUUGGCAUUUACACUCAUAGCCGUUGUGCAUGGGGCUGAAAAGAAGAAACUUCAGAUAGGAAUCAAGAAAAGAGUGGACGACUGUCCUCUCAAGUCACGAAAGGGAGAUGUGUUGAAUAUGCACUACACUGGGAAACUGGAGGAUGGGACAGAAUUUGACAGCAGCAUACCGAGGAAUCAGCCCUUCACCUUUACUCUUGGCACUGGACAGGUCAUCAAGGGAUGGGAUCAGGGUUUACUGGGAAUGUGUGAGGGUGAGAAGAGGAAACUGGUUAUUCCCUCUGAGCUCGGUUAUGGUGACAGAGGAGCACCACCUAAAAUUCCAGGUGGCGCCACACUCAUCUUUGAAGUAGAGCUGUUAAGCAUUGAGAGAAGAUCUGAGUUAUAGUAACAGAUUUGUGGGCCUGUCAGUAAGCUGCAGCUGCACUAUAAACUGCUGUACUGUUAUCUUCUGUACCCGCAUAAAACAUUUUCAUCCCAAUAUUUUGUUUUACAUUAAAGAAAACGCAACACAGCGAUUCAGACAUGUAUGUAGCACCAUUCUUUAUUUGAGAGUCUUACUACACAUAUUUGGUUGUGAGAGUGCACACAGUACAGUUUAUGUCUUUCCAACAAGUUCUGAUCAGUAAGAAAUGCAUUUCUCAUUUCUUGUUAAU